GAUACAAUGAGCUUCGGCGUGGUUGUGAUCUCGGCUGGUUUACUGGGGCUUCUCAGUUUUACUCUGCUCGCUGUGGCUGUGGGCACCGAGUACUGGUACAUCAUAGACGUGGAUCAAGUCAUUAACUCCAGCUGGCACUUUACGAGUUCCCACUCAGGCUUGUGGAGGAUCUAUGAAGAAAAGAAUGACAGUUUUCAUGACAUCUCCUAUUACAUGGAUUCUUCUGAGUUCAGUGAGCAGGAAAAACAUCUCUUAUACCUGCACAAGGUCAUUGUUAUCCUGCUGCCUCUCAGCCUGGUGCUGCUGAUUUUUGGAGGCAUCUUCGGCCUGGUCGGCUCUCUUGCCCGCAGUUAUACAUUCCUCACUGGUGUGGCUGUGUACUUUCUCAUCUGUAGCCUCUUUACACUCUCUGGUGUGUGCAUCUACGUCAGCUACUCUCAGCAGGCCUUGGAUGAGUUGCGACGGAUGGUCAGUGCUGAAUUGCUCGCCCACAUACACAUGUCCUUUGGCUGGUCCCUGGCUUCAGCUUGUCUCUCGUAUACACUCGAGGUGGCCUGUGGCAUCCUGCUCAUGCUCGCAGCUCGUCUUGCUUAUCAUGAGCUACACCAUGAGUCUACCGCUGCUUUUUCCAUGUCCUAG